UCCGACCAAUAGCUGCUCAGCCUCCGUCUGCAUUUGGUAUCCCACCGGCUAACGCCAUUUCCUUCGCUGCUCAUUGAUCCAUUUCUUGUUCACCUGAUAGACCAUCUUUGCUCUCCUGCAGCAAUGCAGCACAGCUCCAACUCCCCUUGGCGGACGCCUGCGUCCGAGUAUGCCAAACCUCAGUACAACCUACAGCACACCAUGUCCAUGGUGAAUCUACACGAGGAACCGACUUGGUAUUCAAACCGACCACCCCCAUCCCCCACGGCUUCCUCGGUCUCCUCUUGUACGAGCCGAAGUGCAACACCAACGACCACAACCACAAACAAUCCCUGGUUAAAUAUCAUGGCAAGCCCAGGCUCAACGUACUCUGGAAAGUCGACGAGCUCCUCGCCAAAGGACAGCCCGAACCGUACCCCGCAGCAGACGAGGUCGACCACGCCUGUUGCCCCUCAACCAGUCCGGCCCAUCAACCCGGGCGCAGGAUUUGUUCCAAUGUCUCCUCCUCCAUCAUCGGUGGGAGAGUCUUUUAGAGGCAUGGAUUUUCCGGGCUCGCCAGUCCCAACGUUUCCGGGGUCUCCAAACCCAUAUCGGCAGGCUACCUAUCCCGUUUCUCCAUUAGUAAAUGGAUUCAUCAAUACCUCCAUGCUGUCUUCACAAGGACAGUCCUUGUCCGGUUGGUUCUACGAGCUAGCACGGAAGCAGUACGCAGACCCAGCAUUGGUCAGGAAGGUAUGGCAGUGGACCCUUUCCAAUCCUAGAUUGGCAAUCCUCUUGGUAGUCUGCGAUGACGUGGCUUCAUGGCGUCAGGCAGCGUUCUUUGACCUCCGAGACGAAGGUCUCCCUUUCCCCGAAGACCGUCUCCAAGGCAUAGUGUCGGACCCGCAGAGAGUCGUCGACGAGCAAUGGCGAGCGACAUCCAAGGAGCUACCUCUGAAUGGGUCCCACGUGGACUUUGCCUCCCGUGAAACAGUCCCUCUUCAGCACAUCAAUCUCAUCCGGACAUCCAGGGGCUCUGAGAAGAGCGUUGACCGGGUCCGGAUGCUAGGACACAGCGAUGACCGCAUCCUUGUGCGAAAGCGUUUUGUUAUUACUCGACCGACGCAGAAGGCUACACUCUUGGAGCAAAUCAACAAGUUCAAGCAGUACGACCACAAAAAUAUCGCCAAGUUGCUUUGCUCGUACGCACAGCCGAGCCAUGUCGGCAUUGUGAGCGCGAAAGCUCAGUACAGUCUUGAUGACUACUUGAGUCUGCCAGGCACGGACCCUAGCCGCUCGAAACUCCUGGUUGACUGGAUGUAUGACCUGUCGCAAGCGCUCGAAUACCUCCACUCACAGUCCAUCUGCCACCGCGGUAUCCGACCACGCAAGAUUCUGAUUGAUGGAUCUCGGAUAUACUUUGGUCCUUUUGGCAUAGGGCACACUAGCGAUAGCUUUAGCCCAACCAUGGCUAGUUCUCAACGGCUAGAUCAUGUCAACACGUACUUCCACGAUCAGGCAUACAUCUACAGCGCACCUGAAACCCUCAUUUCACGUGCAAAGAGGUUUUCAGACGUCUUCUCUUUAGGCUGCGUCUUCCUCUCUAUGAUGACAGUCGCCCAGGGUCAGUCGCUCUCCCUCUUCGCACAGUACAGAGCAGGCUCGUCCCAGGAUGCUUCGUUCCACAACCACUUGGACCGUGUUGCAAGCUGGCGGAAUCGCCUUCUCGCUGUGACUACCUCGGGUCAGCGAAACGGCAUCAUCGGCUCAGGGCGCAAAGUAAGACAGCUCAAAUCGGAGAUUGAGUGGCUUCAGAUCAUCGAAAAGAUGAUUGCGCCCAAGCCGAAGGAGCGGAUCAGGAUGGCUGGCAUUCUCGCUGAACUGGGAAGCGGGAAGGUGGCCGGCGGGAGAAGACGCAGUCUGGAUGGCGGUGGCUACAGUGGGCAAGCUGCUGCAGCCCUCGGGGUCGUCACUAGCACUGGCGUCAAUGGAAUGGGGACAGCGAACGUUUCAAACGGAAGCGUGAGCGGUGCAGGACAGAAGCCGGAGUUAAGCGUGUUCGAUGGCUAUUUUCAGCAACAGCAACGUCGCGCAUUUGAUCACGCAGCAGGGUGGUGAGGUGUCAAACAUUGAUGCUGCGAGACCUUGAUUCUGGACGAAACAUGCACGCCAUCUCGGCGUGAACAUGCUCCGGCACGACGAAACGAACGAAACACUACAGACGUAACAACGACGAACAACGAACAACAACGAACGAUCCGAGGCGAUUCGAACACUCAGCUCAACGCUUUCUUUUCGGCAUUACUUGAGCCGUGCAUCUCGCGAGCUUCUAUUUCGCACA